AAAAUAGGUCCCUAUUCCCUCCUUUUUAAGAACCGGCUCCCUCUAUUUGAUUUGAACCGGAGAGGAUCUGAUUUCGUCUAAAAGCACUCUGCCCAAACAACCAACCAAACGACACGAUACUUCAUCCCUUCCGUUCACAGCAACGCAUUUUGGGACCUCAGAUGGGUCCUAUUACGCUAGCCGGCGAUGCGAGAAGCUCUUCAGUAGCUUCAUCAGAUGCAUGUGACAGGAAAAUGUUAAAUUCGCUGCCGGGAAGAAGAAAGCCAUUUGCAUCAAUCAAAAUGGGAGAAGAACAACCAUUUGACUUUUUUCGUACUUUCUUUGAGGGUGUUAUAGCAGGAGGUACAGCCGGUGUUGUUGUUGAGACAGCUUUAUAUCCCAUUGAUACUAUAAAGACACGACUGCAGGCUGCGCAUGGUGGUGGAAAAAUAGUUUUGAAGGGCCUUUACUCUGGAUUGGCUGGAAAUCUUGCUGGUGUCUUACCGGCUUCUGCUGUAUUUGUUGGUGUGUAUGAACCUGCAAAGCAGAAAUUGUUAAAGAUGUUUCCCGAAAAUCUUAGUGCUGCAGCUCAUUUUACUGCAGGGGCCAUAGGAGGUCUUGCUGCUUCUCUCAUUCGUGUUCCAACAGAGGUUGUUAAGCAAAGGAUGCAGACGGGGCAAUUUACUUCAGCUCCUGAUGCUGUCCGCCUUAUUGCUUCUAAGGAGGGCUUUAAAGGAUUCUAUGCGGGAUAUGGAUCUUUCUUAUUGCGGGAUUUGCCAUUUGAUGCAAUUCAAUUUUGCCUCUAUGAACAGCUUCGGAUGGGUUAUAAGGCAGCAGCACAGAGAGAUCUAAACGGUCCUGAAAAUGCCAUCAUUGGUGCUUUUGCUGGUGCACUAACUGGGGCUAUAACUACUCCCCUUGAUGUGGUUAAGACAAGGUUGAUGGUUCAGGGAUCUGCAAAUCAGUACAAAGGAAUCUUUGAUUGUGUUCAAACUAUCGUUAGGGAAGAGGGACCUCCUGCUUUAUUGAAGGGCAUUGGGCCAAGAGUACUGUGGAUAGGCAUAGGCGGUUCAAUCUUUUUUGGUGUCCUUGAGAGCACUAAGCGGUCCCUCGCUCAGAGGCGUCCUCCACUUGAUCAACAGCCGAAUAAGAAACAUGAUUGAGUACUUUUUUUUUUUGUUCUUUCUAAACCUUGUAACCGUGUCCCCCUAGAUUUAUCUUAGAUUGCGUUCUCAAUUUUGUAUAUUUUACAUUCUCUAGAAUGUGAGAUGUUGAAAGCACGAUAAUCAUAUUUAGUUGUACUUGUCAUAAUUUUUAAAUUA